UGCCGCGGAGAAGAUGACGCGCACUUGCUGCACGGCAGCGCAGGCAGCCACCAGCGACUUCUUCCUGCGAUCAUCUUGAGGCUGCAGAGCGUGUGGUGGUCUCGAGUCCCCCUGCCGGCUGGAGUAAGGACGAAAACUGCCAGUCAAGUCACAUUUCGCUGGCGAGAAACAGCGCGCGAAUGUCAGACCCACCGAUCGUCGGCUCCUCUCCUUAGGUUUGACUGACACUGGUGACGCGUGACGUGUCAGUGGUAGUGCUUGCGGGGUUUUUUGGUGUAGGUACGUUAUCUAUCUACCUCCGAUAUUUUCUUUACGCCUUCAAUUAUUAUUAUUUUACGUCCAGUUUUCUCUCUCCCUCUCGGCGUAGUCUCGGUGCUAGGAUUGUCCUCUCUCUCUUCCCCCUCCCGAGAUCGACGUUGGGCGCUCCGAUUGAUCGGCUCAUUUGCAUAACCGGUGGAGGGGGAUCAAAGCGACCCACUGUGCGGACGCCAUCGGGCAUCUCACUGCUGCCGUGACGGAGGGCUGUGUGUCUGGUGCCAGCGGCACGAAAAGGUGACGGCAAGGGAAGAACGUGUGGUCGGGCGUCCGUUGAGUUACUGUAAACAUCUUUGUGAGACGUAAGAAAAAUACAAACAAGCAACAAAAAAGAUGCCUGAGAAGGAUGCCGCUCCCUCCGAGACUCCAGCUGCUGAAGCCGGUGCCGAGGGAGGUGCCGCUAAACCCGAAGUGAAGGAGGAGGCUGCAGCCGCUGCCCCUCCCCAGAAGACGAUGAAGAGCGUGGUGCUGACAGGGUUUGGCAGCAUGAAGAUGAUCAAGGUGCAACAGAAGCCCGAGCCCAAGCUCGCAGAUGGAGAGGUGCUGAUCAGGGUCAAGGCCUGUGGCAUGAGUUUCCCAGACCUGAUGGUGCGGCAGGGCGUUAUCGACAAUCCCCCGAAAACCCCCCUGAUCCUGGGAUUUGAGUGUGCUGGUGAAGUGGAGGCUGUUGGGGAGAACGUUACUGACUUCAGCGUUGGUGAUCGUGUCAUUGCUCUGACUGACUUCAAGGCAUGGGCUGAACUUGUGUCCGUCUCAGCCAACACAGUGUACAAGAUACCUGACAACAUGAGCUUCCAUGAUGGCGCUGCCUUGCUGAUGAAUUAUAUCACAGCUUAUGUCCUGCUUUUUGAUCUGGCUAACCUGCGCAAGGGUCAGUCACUGCUUAUCCACUCUGCAGCUGGUGGAGUGGUCAAUGCAGUGCUGCAGCUGGCAAGCAUGGUGGAAGGGGUGACGGUGUUUGGCACAGCUUCAGCAAACAAGCAUGAAGCCAUCAAAGACAAAGUGACACACCUCUUCGACCAUGGCAUUGACUAUGUGCAGGAAAUCAGAAAACUUUCUGCAGAGGGAGUAGAUAUUGUGCUGGACUGUCUGUGCGGAGAAGACACUAACCGUGGCAUCAGCAUUCUGAAGCCUAUGGGCAAAUAUCUGCUUUAUGGUUCAUCUAACAUUGUAACUGGUGAAACCAAGAGCUUCUUCAGCUUUGCCAAGUCGUGGUGGCAAGUGGACAAGGUCAACCCCAUAAAGUUGUCAGAUGACAACAAGUGUGUUGGAGGCUUCCAGCUGCGACGUUUGCUUUUCCGUCAGAGCCAGUAUGGUUAUGUCCGAAAUGUUGUAGAUUCUCUCCUCGAUUUGUAUCGGCAAGGCAAGAUCCACCCAACUAUUGACUCUGUCUGGGCUUUUGAAGAUGUGGGAGAAGGCAUGCAGAAGCUUCAUGACAGGAAGAACAUUGGGAAAAUAUUGUUGGACCCUUCUAAGGAACCUGUACCAAAGACACAGGGCAAGGGAUGUGAGCAGGCAGAAGCAAACGUUGAGAAUGGACCUGGAGAGAAAAGCGAGUCUGCUGUCAAUGGGGAGUAAUGUGAGAAGCGUUGCAUGAGAGUAUCAUCCUAGCAACAUCACCAUGAAGGAGAAUGUACUGCAUCGCUCAUGCUAGAAGACAUAAAGCUGGUUAAAUGUGGUUUUUUUUUCUUAUGUAAGUGUGCCCACCUGCAAACCUGCUCGGCAAUGUCACCUGAACCAUGACAAAAACACUGGACCUGUCAUCAUCACCUCAGAUGGUAUUUGUUAGAACCAUCUGUCUAGAGGUGCAUAGUCAUCUAUUUAUGUCCAUGCAUUGUUCAAUGUUUAAAGUUUGACGUAUUCUGUUACUCUUGUGCCCUAAAAACAUUGACUGGAGUUCAGAUGACUGCUAGCCAGUGACAGAAUUUUCAAGUGCUUAACUGCUACCACUUGUUGUAACUGGACCGCCAUUUGCGGCUUUCAGUAAAUCAAUAAAUCUAGGAAAAAUGUGUAAACAAUCAACAGUAACAUUAUUUCUUUGAAUAUAGUCUUGUGAAGUAAAUUUAUUGUGAUAGAGAAUUUUAUUAUGAAGGUUGAACAAAAAUUAUAUAUAAAUUCAAGGGUAUAUUAGAAUGUUGAAGUAUGGAGCCUGUUCCACAACAGUUCAGGGAAUUGUGCUAUUCAUGGAGCAAAGGAGGUGACUAUAGAGGUAGAAAGAAAGAAAAAAAGCACAUGUGCACAUAAGCACCAUUGUGCAUUAUUAUGCCUGUGUGCACAUUGACAUAACAUUUAUCACAGACCUUGAUGACAUGUUAAUGUUAUGCUUUACCGCUGUAAGAUUUUCCAGUGAUUUAAUAGGACAUCAAGGUAAAAAUUUUCAACACAGACAUUCCAGUCAGUUCAGAGUUCAAGCAUCUUCAUUAUGCAGAUUGUAUGUGAAUGCUUUCGGCAUGCCAGUUUAGCACGUUGCACAGAUCAGAUUGACAUUGCUGUCCUAUCAUACAUGCAGUCUGUGUGAAGAUCUUAAAGAAACAUAGAAGCUUCAUGGACUUUACUGUUACUCUGCAGUCCACAGAUUCUAGCCUGCAACAGUCAUACUCAAUGCUUAAGUCACCAUUCAGGAAAUUUCAAAACCAAAGUUAAGCAGACGAAACUCUGUUGAUCCAGAUACCAGCUCUUUCUUUGUGAUCUUUAUGGAUAAAAAUGAAAAAAAAAUUUGUUGACACACAUUCCUAAGCGGAUAAAACAAUUUUUCUAGAAAUUGUUAACUCUUUUCUGGGGGUUUAUACUCAAUAUGGCAUUUACUUUGUUCAUUGAUAUUAAAAAAAAAUUUGCUAACUUGUUGCCAAUGUAUGUAAAUAUCUGUUUCUUUAGCAUGUUUAUAAAUUUGUUGUCAAGUUCCUACAGAAUGAAUGAAAUGAAUUCUAGCCUCAGAAUCCCACUAAACAUCCAAUCUGUACUUAAGUUUGUACCGACAUAUACUGUCACUUAUUAUUGUCAUAAACAUAACUGUUGCCAGCCUCAGUAAAAUUGCUUUGAAUUUUUGAAAAUUGGAGACUGAAGACCACAGAUGUGGUGCUUUGUGUAUCAGUAUUCUUUCUUAGCAUCCAUCAGAAGUUCAGGUGCGGGCACUUCAAACAUGCAUUUCAAUUUACUGCUGCACGUUGCCACGUGAGGAUGGAAGAAAGCCAACAUCAAGGUGAUUUUGUGAUGUUUACCAGAAUACCAGAGAAUCAAAUCAACAGCAAAGUUGAUGACACUGUGGACCCACAGCCCUAGAAGAAAAUCUCUGUACUGCUGGUUACUGCCUAUUAAGGUUGUGAGAAUGCACAUCGACAGAAUAGCAAUAUUCACCCACAAAGAACUAAAAGUACUAGCGUGUAAUGCAGAACUUCCUGAACUACAACUCAAAAACACUUGAAUGUCAUUCAGUUAAGAAUGCCACAUUCAGAUGAUAACUUUAUCUUAUUAUUUUUAAGAUAAAAGUAUUGCUGGAUUAUUGAAUGAAGAAAAGCUGUUGACCUGUAAGGUAAAAAAUAUACUGCAUAUAAUGUUGAAAUAAUUUUUAUCAUCAGUAAGAAAGUGAAUUGACCACUUUGCAAUAAGAGAUUGUAUCUUUGAUUGGCUACAGGGAUGCUUAAGCAUGCACUUGGGCUUAUGGUCUGGUCUGGCAUUGCUACGAACAGUCUAGUACAUUUUUUUUCCAUUUUCACGAUAAAGUUUUGUACUACUAAGUAAAGAUGGAAGAAGCUGAUGCAGCCUAUCCAAGUCAGCGCUGAAAAAAUGCCUGAUAAUAACAUCACACCAGGUAUCAGUUUAUAUAUAUACCAAAUUACUUACCUGAGAUUCAUGUAUAAAUAACCUUAUUUUGUCUUACGAUGGCUUCAGCACUUUCGAAACCACGUCUAUCUCUUCCAUGUGUUAUACCUGCUUUCAAGUAGCUUGUAAUGCCAAAAACAGACCCAUUGAAAAUAGUUGUGCAAUAAAUGAAAUCUAUAUCUGCA